UAUAUAGUUUUAAGGAGAAUAUAGAGUUAAAUUUAUUUUUUAAAGUUUGAAAAAUUAAAUUUCAUUAACAAAAAUAUUCAAAGAUCUUAAAAGAGAGAAAACUUUCCGAGAGCCAACUUUGUAGUUUACGGCUUUUGUGUGCCCUAAAUGUUUUUACCGUAAAAAAAUUAUUGUACUUUACAUGACAGAGUAAACAAGACAGUUUAUAAUAUAUAUAAUAUUUAAUGAUGGAUGUACCAGAUGGAUUAUACAAUGAACUAAAGUGUGUAAAAUGUUUAUGCUUAUUGACUAAUCCUUUAAGUUUGCCUUGCUCCCACAACAUAUGCUACAAGUGUGCCAAAGAAUCUUUAGUAACUGAAAGCCAAGUGCAAUCUCAUUUUGAACCAUAUCAAGUUGACAAGAGUGGGUACAAAAACAAAGAAAAGAAAGCUUCUCUAAACCAAAUAAGUAGUUCCACGCCAGCUCUUGUGUGCUCUAAAUGCUGCAUCUAUUUUAUACUUGAUGAACGCGGCGUAGAUGGCUUGACAAAAAAUUUAAUUUUGGAGAGAUUGGUAGAAAAACAGAAAGUUUUAUGUUGUGAACUAGAUUGUCAACUUUGUGAAACUACGCCGUCUGCAAAGGCGUCAUUUACUUGCGAACAAUGUCUUGUAUCUUAUUGCUACAAGUGUUUAGCUAUAUAUCAUCCAAAGCGCGGCCCUUUAGCUUCACAUUCCUUAGUUGAACCUCAGUUUCAAAGAAUUAAACAUAUCAAAAAAGAAAAUUUGACGUGCAGCGAACACGUAGACGAAAAUAUCAGCAUGUACUGCGCACUAUGUAAAACUCCGGUGUGUUACUUGUGUUUUGAUGAAGGCAGGCAUAAAGGUCAUGAAUCUAAGGCUCUUGGUAUCAUGUUUAAAGACCAAAAGAAUGAUAUGGUAUCAUUGGUUUCAGCACUAGAAGUUAAAAGUAAUGAACUUAUAGCUUUUGCAGGGUUUUUAGAAAUGGAAGUCGGAACUUUGCAUGAGAAUGGAGUUGAACUAGAGUCUCUAGUAGUUGCAAAAAUAGAUGAGCUUGUUCUGCAGUUAGAAAAAAAAAAGCUUGAUUUAAUUGAACACAUAUCAUCUGUUGUUGCAGCGCAAAAUCAACAGCUCAUUUUACAAAAAGAUAAUAUAACAAAAACAACAACGUCAUUGAGUGCUCUGAUACACUACACAAAAGAAGUGCUGAAAGAAACCGAUCCAUCAACUUUUCUUUCAAUAUCAAGUUCUUUGUGCUCCAGAGUGGCAUCUACCUUAAAAACAAUGAUUAAAGUUGAGACACUUGACCCAGCAGUAUUGUCUGAAAUCGAUCUCUCUCUAUCCAUACAAUCAAUUGAAGAUGUAAUAACUAAUACUCAUUUUCAAAAAGCACAACCAAAGAAAAAAAUAAAAAAACCUUCCCCGCCAGUUAUGUUGCUAGAAAAAUGCACAGUAAAGUAUAAUACUAUAGCACUUGAAUGGAGAGAUCCACCUGGAAAUCUAAAUCAAGUAGAUUUAUAUAUUGUAGAACUGGAUGAUGGUUUAAAUGGAAGUUUUCAGGAUGUUCUUAAAACAAAAGAAACCUCCUGCAUAUUGAAAGGGCUGCAAUGUUCAUCAACUUAUAGAGUAAAGGUUAGAUGCGUUAAUUCUGCAGGUGAAAGUCAACCAGGUCAAACGAUAAUUAUGAAUACUUCAAAACUUGCAGUGUUUCAGUUUGAUAAAGAAAAUUCCCAUUCAGACAUCGUUCACUCAAACAAAAAUCGUACAAUUACUUGUACAAGUUUCGAAAAUCGUGUUGCUCUCUGCGAUAUUGGUUUUUGCAGAGGAAAACAUUAUUGGGAAGUACAUAUUGAUCGAUAUGAAGGAAACCCUGAUCCAGCAAUAGGCGUUGCACAACAAGGGUGUAUUAAAGAUGCCAUACUUGGAAAAGACAACAAGGCCUGGUCUAUUUAUGUCGAUAGCACACGAAGUUGGUUUCAGCACAAUAAUGCUCACAUGUUUCGAUCUGAAGGCGGUAUUGCUACUGCCUCAACUAUUGGUUUGUUUUUGGAUAUGGAAAACUCUCGUUUAACGUUUUAUCGGAAUAAAAUUAAGCACGGUCCUGUUGAAUUUCCUGAUAUGAAAAAAGCCGGAAUUGUUUAUCCUGCUUUUAGCUUAAAUAGAAAUGUGACUUUGACGUUAUUUACGGGACAAGAGCUUCCGGCUGAAAUUGGGUAAUAAAAUAAAUCUUGGUCAAGUGAAUUAAAAAAAAACAAAAUUAAAAUGAAAUUUAAAUGAAAUUAAAAGCUAGGAAUCUUGAGCUUACAACUGAAACAUAAACUUUUUUUUCUUUUUUUUUAAGCAGGCUUUAAACCUGCUAAAAUAUAGUUGUAUUGAAUGAAUUAUAUUUAUAUAUAAACUUAA